AUGAGAAGCUCUUCAGUUGAAGAAGACGACUUUAUCGUGAGUAGAGCUUUUCCUACUUCAAACAAACCUUUUGGUUCACUAAACACACGACCGCCAGCUAAUGGAGAGGAGUAUUUGCGCCUGGUUAACGAAGAAGCAAACAAAAUACCAGCAGUUAAAAUUGCGCCCUCGCCAGCAAAUAAACAAUCAGACGAUAAGAUAGCAGGAUGGGUGAAGAGAGGCUGGGCUGAGAUGAAGAAAGAAGAAAAUACUGUAGAUAAAUUGAUGCCCAAUAAAGAAUGGGAAAUAAAGUUUUUGGACGGGUUUGAGGGCAUGAGACAAAAGCUACGCAGGUGGAUUGAUAAGCAAGCAUCCAAUAUUAACCAAGCAGCCGAGACGUUAGAAAUGCCUAAACACAGGAACAAGACUGCUUGGUACAAGUUUUGUUACGGAUCCGCGGGGACAGUCCCCACCCUUUCAAUAAUCUCGAAGGUAGAUCAGCAAACAACUCUUUCUCUAAUAUCAUAUCAUACUGAAUGGCUUUCUGAUAACGAGAUCUCUAAAGCACAAUCACAAUGGAUUUUUGCGCUUCUGCUGAGAGUAGACAAACUGCUGACUCCUAAUCAGACUUCAUUGCUGAGAGAACUUUGCAGAAAGUGUAUAGACAUUAGGAAAAAUUUGUCGGCCCGCGACAUGGACGAUAUUAAUUUCGCCUCUGCCAACAUAAUAAUUUCAAUAAUAAGAGGUAUCUUUGGCCAAAAAGAUCUUUAA